CUGGCGCAUGCUUCAAAAGCCUUGGAUUCAUCAUUUCAAAAGCAAUCAACAGAAAUCAUCUUAAUGGAAAAGAAAAUUCCCUCAAGCACAGCUCUCUGGGGCUUAGAAAUAUAUAUAUAUGAUCCCCCGCUGAUCACAUACUGAGGUCGCCGGUCUAUCACAGGGUUAAAACACAGAAAAACAGAGUCACACGUACAGACUUGUUAGUAAUUAUGUUGAAUGUGCAUAUCUGUGGACGUCGGGAGAAAGCCAGAAGACACAGACCACAAGCCAGCCUCAACUCCACCCUCAGCUUAUUCAGGAAGGAAAUUUCGAGUUCCUGUUCUCAGUGUAGUUGAGCAACUUGCUCGCUUUCUUGCUUAUUUUUUGUGUAGACUCACUCAAUUGUACUGACAUAGAGUAAGCAAUUAAAGUAUACGCAAUUAAGACUUAUUCAUGUUGGUGUCCUUUUCUUGCUGCACAAAGCCUUCAAUUUCAUUCUGCUCCGCGUGGUUGGGUCUUGUGGAGAUUUUCUCAUAGAGUUACUGAUCAGCAUAGGCAGCCCGUUACUUCAUUAAUGCCGUACAUGGCAUUGCACUUGGCUAAAUGGUGCAGUCCUCCACCUGACCUGUCUUAAUUCUAAAGCACUUUAUAUUAUACUUAGCUGUAUAAAAUGCUGUAUAAAAUGAAUAAAGUUUGAUGAAUUGACUGAGAAUGUGUAUUCCACAGUCAUAUUAUGAGCCUGGUUGACUUUGUACUGUAAAUAAAUGCUUAUGAUUUACUGGAAACCACAUGAUAAGAAUUUUUAAGGCAUUCACCAGAUGGUGUUGCAUAAGGCAGGACUUUUUUUAUUUGCUUUCUCUUUCAUUCUUACACUGCAGCAAUGGAUGGGCAGGAGCGGGCGAGAAGAGAAGAAUUUCUGAAAACUCAAGAACCUUUGAGAAGAAAUGCCUUCCGCAUUAUCAAAGCAAUGCUGGAUUGGUGUAACCAGACACCCGGAAGUAAACACUUCGUGGAUGAGAUGCUUCACAGCAUCUUCUUUUUGGGUAAAGUCAACAAUGCCCCCUAUACCCCAGAAAGUAUUGUCGGUAACGAGGAGAUAUUGGAUAACCUGAAGGAGAAAUAUCCUGGACCUUUUAAGUUUUACUCGACUCAACUUCCAAGGCGGAGUCCUUUCUCCUGUGUUAUGGACAUGGUAAGAUGUGGUAGUCAUGCAUAACGGACAAGAGAAAGAAGACCAAAUAAAGCAGACUCUGAAAGAUCUCAUCAACGGUCUGGAAGAGAGGUUCCUGGUCUCCUCCACCAUAUGUGUUUCUCAGAAAUCCAACAAUUCAGUAAGGCACUACGGUGUCUCCAUGUCCACUUCUGGUCCAAAUCCUGGGAAAAUUGUGAUAGCUGCCUCCUGUUUUAGCAGAUGGGAUGAUUAUGUAGCUGGUGCAGUGAUGACUUACUAUCCAGAUAAGGUUAAGAAGUCAUACUUUGAUGGAACCAUUAAAAUUCCAAACAAUGUAAGGUGCCAGGCGUUUAACCUCAGAGAAGGAGAUGCAAUGCCUCCUUGCAGAUCAUGUGGGAAUUUGUUUGGUUUGCACACGACUGAAACAAGACAGUGGCCGUAUGGCAACUGUGCUGAAGCUGAGAGCCUGAGUGAGUUGCUUAAAAAAGAGGAAGAAGUUAAGAACCAAGCUCGACCAACAUCUCCCACGUGCACACCUGAGAACACGCAGAAGGCUAAAGAGAGUGCUCUUAAACAACUUCAGAAUGUGCUAAACAUGGUUAGAUUUAAAACGUGGGAUAAGGAUUUCUACAACCCAAAAACAGAAUAGUCUUGAAUAGGGGGCGGUAUUGAGUAAGAUGCCCAAGGUAUUAUCAUAAAGUGGCCAAAUAUCUAUAUGUGUGUGUGUGUGUGUGUGUGUGUGUGUGUGUGUGUGUGUGUGUGUGUAGAGUGCUAAUGUUACACCACUCACUGUGUAACAGUGAAGAUUAGAAUACAUUCAUGGCAAUUAUUGUAAGUUAAAUGUGUGUCAAUGUUUUGAGUGAAGCAUACAGAUGAUGCAAAGAUUUUAUUGAUCAUGUUGAUGUCAAUGAAAUCAUACAGGGAUGUUAACUAAAGUUCCUGAUUUAUUUUGAUUUUAUCUGCUGCAAACGCUUUGACUUUCGAUAGUAGCCUUUGGGAUGUAUGUGCCGGUGAGACCAAAUAUGAAGCAUGAUGAGACAGCAGCUUGAUUAGUGGAAGUAAUCACACAUCCAUUCCCUGAAUGUAUAGUAAUAAAGGAAAACAAACAGAGGUUUUCUUUUGCUACUAUGAUCCCUGCUCACAACCUCAUUCAUAAGUAGGAGCUCUAAUAUUUAAUUGUGAUUACAGUCCAAUGGAGAAAGUGUGUGCUUACUUCAUAUGUAUUCUGGUCAGUAUUGAAUCUAAAGUGUUAGCUGGAAAAAGAAAUUACCUUCAUCAAAACACUCUGUUUUAUUAUGAUAUUGAACAUAACCUAAUGAUUACCACUGAAAGCCUGAUUCGUCAGGUGAUUUCAUAUGGUCUCUUUCCUUUAGUGACACAGAUCUACCACUAGAUGGCAGCAGAUCCAUAUUCAGUUAAAAUCUGCUAUGGGCUCUAGAGCAAAGUAAAUGGGCUCUGUCAAACUUUUUAAUUUCAAGCCAGUUAUUACAACGAAACUGCAUUUUCUCAUCACACUCUGGACUUGAUCAGACUUUGGAAAUGGAGUGUACAAUAAGCAGUGAUACACUAUCCUAGCUCUUUUGUUGUGGUCUUGCAGCUCAACUUCAUUGGGUUCUUCUACCAGCUUCAUGUCUUGAAAGGCCACACUGCUUCUUUGAUACCAAACAAAGACAAGAAGCAUGCCGUGGACCACAGAAUAAUUUCCCAUCUUUUAAAGGAAGGACAAGAAUGAGAGUGCAACAGGAAGAUAUAAUAAUUCACACUCAUUUGUCAUUAGUUAUUAGGCCUCCUCAUGAGGUAGUGUAGAGAUACACUCUCUGGUUUUAAAUGAAUUUACCCAAAAAAAACUGGGAAAAACUGUGCAAACAGAUUGUUUUGGUCUAUAACUGUGGUCAGAGAAAUUUUAUCAUGACUAAACUGGAUUAUAUUACUGUCUACUGUUUUAUCAACCG